UUUAUUUUAGUUCAAGAAAGUAAUGAUUCCAUUAUUUUAUCAAUUAGCAAGGUGUGUUUCAAGUCCACACUUUCAGGUAGCCGAGAGAGCAUUGUAUUUUUGGAAUAAUGAAUGUAUUUUAGCUUUAAUAAGUGAAAAUGUUCAACAACUAUUGCCUAUAAUGUUCCCUGCCUUAUACAGAAAUUCGAGGAAUCAUUGGAACAAAACAAUUCACGGCCUAAUCUACAAUACAUUAAAAUUAUUUAUGGAAGAAGACCAAAAACUUUUUGAUUGUUGUGUCCAAAAUUUUUCAAAAUUAAAAGAUUCUGAAAAUUCUGAAGUGGAGGAAAAACAACGAAAAUGGCAACAAUUGGAAGAAAUUGCUAAUAUUAAUGCCAAACAAAUUUUGAAAGAAGAGGGAUAAAUUCAAAAUUCUUUUCCCUUCUAAAUUAUUGUAUUUAAAAGAAUUUUUUAUAUUCGCCACUUGUAUUGCCUGCAAUAUUUUCUGACCAUCUUUCCAUCGAAAAAUUCAGGUCUUUCCCUUGUGUUGUUCCCAUAAAAGAUAUAUUUUACUACCUUUACAUUUUUGUAAAAAUUUUGAGUAAUAAAUUGGGAAUGUUAGAAUUAUCGUGUGUAAAAAUUCAUUGGAUGGAAUAGAGAAGUUGAGUAAUGAGCCUAGACCGAAACACAACUGAAUAUAC